UCCUACGUGUUUGACAUUUGCUGUCUUUCAGGGUUCCCCAUCCGCUAGGGUAGUUUUUGGUUGGUUUUCACUUACUUACACCCAAGAAAAUACGCGUUGGAUCCGACCUGAGCAUGCAUAUGUUUCUAAGUAAAACACAACAACAGAUCCAAAUCUAGCAACCUUUGAAGAUUAGAUCCAAUAAUACAUUCUUUUCUUCCUUAAUUGCCAAUUCUGUUCCUCUAAAGCUUCUCUCGUCGUGAUUUGGUGUAGUAUUCUGGACUCAAUAUUCCAGUAAAGCAAUUAUGUCUAGAAGGCCCGGAAACCCCACACGGCGCUUUGCUGGUGGUGGAAGCCUCGGAGGCCUUUUUCAUCCAAAAUCGCGCCCUACUCCUUUAUUACCUACAGUCCUCCUCAUUCUUGGUGCUGUCCUUGUUAUUGGCUAUUUCUAUCGAGGCUCAGGUUCAUCUGGAAGUUCAGCACUCAGCAGGCUUGAAGGUGAAUUUACCUGCACUUCGGAGGUUCACCAGGCAAUACCUUAUUUAAAGAAGGCAUAUGGUGACAGCAUGCGCAAAGUUUUGCACGUGGGACCUGAUACUUGUUCCGUGGUAUCCAAACUAUUAAAAGAAGAAGAAACUGAAGCAUGGGGUGUUGAACCUUAUGAUGUUGAGGAUGUUGAUGUGAACUGCAAGAAUCUUAUCCGCAGAGGAAUAGUGCGUGUGGCAGACAUCAAAUUCCCAUUACCCUACAGGCCAAAAUCAUUUGCUCUUGUUAUCGUGUCGGAUGCAGUGGAUUACUUAUCUCCUAAAUACCUAAACAAGACUAUUCCAGAGUUAGCAAGGGUGUCAGCUGAUGGUCUAGUCAUUGUUACAGGUUACCCUGGUCACUCCAGAGCUAAAGUUGCUGAGCUAUCCAAGUUUGGACGUCCUGCAAAAAUGCGGAGCUCUUCUUGGUGGGCACGCUUCUUUGUGCAGGCCAGCCUUCAAGAGAACGAUGCUGCUAUCAAAAAGUUUGAGCAGGCUGCAGCUAGCGAUGGAUACAAGUCUAGGUGUCAGAUUUUCCAUGUUAAAUCAUUUCAUUGACACAUCAACCAUCUCACAAUUCAAGAGACCAAUCCCUUCAUUGUCGAUGAUUUUUUAGCAGGUCUAUAUAAAUUUCAUUUUUGCACCUCCCACAGCCAAAGGGCAAAAAAAGCAGGAAUGAAGAAAAAUAUGCUGCAUCAUUUUGAGUAUUCAAUAUGUACAAGCAGAUUAAUUGAAAGUUGAAAACUUUGGUUACCAUCAAUUUCAUACAACCAACAAAUCAUGUAGUUAACAGGUUUAGUAUUUGGUAUGAAUUUUCAUCUGUAUUAUUUGUUCCCUACAUCUUUAUUAUCAGGAUGUUGCUGUACCUAGCAUUAAUUUCUCUGUAUGGU